GCACAGUUGCUAAUUUCUUAGUGUCAUUUUCCCGUUCUUAGCUGCACAGCUCUGCAAAAAAUACAUUUCUCUUAUUAGUCAGAAGCACCAGUAUCGUUUCUUCUUUAUCCCCCAUAUACAUAUUGCCCAAAUUUCAUCACGAUCAUACGAAGUAGGAAAAGCAUUGAAGGAAACGCCCACAAACUUAUCGCAAGAUCUCACAGGUCAAGGAACGACAAUUUCCAGCCAAGCCAGAUCGUUCAGUGUGGUGCUGGACGCUGUGCGGAGGAGACGUCAUGGCGUUCUCCAACAGAGUGAACGGCUCCCUGGCUUUCCUGUGUUUGCUGAUUCUGGCACCCAUAGGAAAACGAGCGACUGCGUUGGGUCAGGUCGUCUUCCCCGCCGACGAGCCCUGCAGACUAGAGACGGGCGAGGUGGGGGGCUGCUUACCGCUCACAGACUGCCCACCCGUGCUGCAGAGUUUCAGAGAGCGGCAGCCUGUCAGAUGUGGAUUCGAAGGGUCUACUCUAAUCGUCUGUUGUCCGAAGAGUCAAGACAGCACCACCGGGCCUCGGCAGGAUGCUUUGGACGUUUCUCCCCCGUCAGGCUACGACACACUGAACUGCGGCAGGAGUGCGGUCAGGAGAUUUAAGCAGCCUGUCAGUUCGCUGGGGUUAGAACUCAGCCGUAAGAAAAGAACGAAUGUCCCGCUGCCAGAGCAUAAUAAGCCAAUUGGAGUCAACAAGCGAUCAAUUGUUGAUGGAGUAAUCUCCGUCAGAGCGGCGUGGCCGUGGAUCGCUUUGUUGGGGCAGAAACAAACAGCUGGCACCAACUGGUUCUGUGGCGGAGCACUGAUCAAUGAGCACUGGGUUCUUUCUGCCGCCCACUGCUUCAAGGAAAACAAGGCCGAUGUGGUGCGUCUUGGCGAACACGAUUAUGCACGCGUCAACGACGGGGCUUCACACGUGGAUUUCGGUGUCCUCGAUUUGGUAUAUUACCCAGACUACAAACCUGCAGAGGCAUACCACGACCUGGCACUUCUCAAGCUUGACUCAAAGGUCAAGUUACAGAGCUUUAUUCGCCCAGUUUGUCUUCCGUUUGGAAAAAAGAUCGAGGAGAAUUUAAUUGAUGCUGUGGCAACGGUUGCUGGGUGGGGGAAUACCUUGAAUGGCGGCUUCCCGAGUUCGGUCUUGAUGGAGGCAAACGUGCAGGUGUUUCCUUCCUCCAGGUGUGACCGCAGCUACUCCACCAUCCCCGAGUAUCCGACCCAGUGGCCCCGCGGCAUUGGAGACGAGACGCUGUGUGCGGGAGACCUCGUGGGAAAUAAAGACGCCUGUCAGGGUGACUCCGGCGGGCCCUUGGUAUCAAAAGACAACCGGGGACGCUUUGUGCUAGCGGGCAUCGUGUCGCGAGGUUUCGGCUGCGGCCACAGGGACUACCCUGGCCUGUACGCCAACAUGCGCCACUCUCCCUACCUCGCCUGGAUCAAGAAGGUCGUGUUCAGCACCCAGUGACCAACGUUCUAAUACGAAAACUAGGAAUGAAAUAACUUGCCAGUUGAGGUAUCAAGGUCAGAGGUGUAUAGUGGUAGCGGCAUUGUCUGACCGGGUGGGGCUUAAUAUAAUGGCAGAUUGUCUCAAGCCAUACAUAAAAAUAAACUCUUUUAGUCAGU